AUGACCCCUCUCAAAACAGGCACCAAGGCCAUAGUCACCAACUCGGACAAAGGUGGUUCCAGUGGUACGGCAUUUACGCUCACAGACAACAAGAUUGCGGUCAAGAAAAUCACCGUCUGGGUUGACAAUGGAAGCGGCGGCUACAGUGAUAGGAAACUGGUCAAGGCCAUCAAGCUCGAUUGGACCGAUGGCAAGGAACGUGAACGAGGAAACAAGACAGGCACGUCGUACUCUUUCGAGUUUGAUGACAAUGAGAAAGUGGACUCGCUGGAUCUGUGGACGGGAGACCGAGUCGACAGAAUCAAGUUAACAACGGACGGGGGCCGCACGUUUGACCAUGGGGGAAUGGACUACACUGGGGGUAAGGGCGGGACGAAACAUUCCGAAGAGGUGGGCAAUGGCAUCCUCCUUGGCUUCGAUGGAAGGGCCGAUUCGAAUGAACUUAUUUCUCUUGGAGCCGUAUUCAAGGAAGACUCGGACUGA